AUGAGCUAUAAAAGAGAAAGUGAGAGUCUCAGCAGCUCAAAAACGAGAUAAAGACAGAGAGAGGAGCAUUCAGAGCUUCAGACGCCUGCAGAGAAGAUGGAGAUGAAGAUGAGCUGUGUGUGUUUGGUGCUGGGGCUGGUCCUGCUGAUGACCGUCUCGUCAAACGCUCAGCCUCAUAGUAUCGAGGGUCAUCCUGAUAACUGCUGUUUCAGCUUCGUCACCUUUGAAAUUCCAGACAAAGAAAUACUAGAAGCUGUAAAAACACAUCCCAGCUGCCCAAAGACAGGCUUUGUGGUUAAAACGAAGAGCAUGGGCAGACUCUGCAAGAAAGACCUGCAGGAAAUCUAGAUCUGAGCUGCAGCUUCAACACAGCCCAGCUGCAGCAAACAGAGCAGCUGAAAGCUUUACACUCCCAUUCAGUCAUCACAGGAUUUUAUCAGCAGUUCAUGACAAAAAUCUCUGCAGAGAAAAAUAACAUCAUUAAGAUAAAUUCGACUUAAGUGCUCAAGCUUCUAUACAGUAUAUAAAUAUUAUUAAUGCUUAUUUUAUGCUGUGGAUUCAAAUAAAGCAAUGCAUUGCAAACAU